GAGUCACUGAGAUAUAUAUGUUUUUGUUACAAUAGGAAUUUGGACUUUGCAUGAGCCGGUUUAAUACACGUAAACAAAGAUUCGACUACAUUUUGAAUACCGGCGCAGAGAGUAAGCAGACAGCUAAGGAUGGGAUUUCAUGUCAACAGCCCACAGUUACUUUGGCCGAAUCGAUCAGAAUAUCAUAAUCAUAAUAGCUGGCACAUGAAAGCUGGAGUUGGAUUUGUUUGGAAUAGCUUUUUUGAAUAUGUGCUACCACCCCUCUAGGAUACAAAGUGCAACUAUAUUAUUACACUCUCUCAUUAUAGCUGCCGCCUAGCCUAGGCCUACCUCCCGCAAACGUGAGCUCGUCGAGGUACCAAUGCAUCAGCUAUACCCGAUAUACUACAACCAUCUCAUACUCUCCCUUCUUUGCUGGUAGUAUACUGGGUAUUUAGCGUGUUUCGAUCCUGACCAUGGCAUUCUUGAAUGAAGAGAUCAUUCGCGAGUUCAGUGAGAAUGGGGCUGUAUGUUUGCGACAGGCAUUCAGCAAGGAAUGGCUUGAUGUCGUGGAGAAGGGAAUCGAAAGAAACAUGAAAGACCCCGGGAAGAACAUGGAGAUAUUGCAGAGCGAGGAAGGAGGGACUGGAAGAUAUUUCACAGACUUUGCCAAUUGGUGGAGGAUCACAGAAUUCCAGGAGUUUGUGAGGAAGUCACCCGCAGCCGAGAUCUGUGGGAAGCUGAUGGGUAGCAAGCAUGUGGUAUUUUAUCAUGAGCUGGUAGUCAGCAAGGAACCUGGAACGGAUCGUAUCACUCCAUGGCAUCAAGAUCAACCAUACUUCCCAAUUGAUGGGGACCAGGUCUGUGCAAUAUGGCUGCCAGUUGACCCCGUUGCCAAGGAAACAUGUGUAACCUACAUCAAGGGGUCACAUCGGUGGGGAAAGUGGUUCUACCCCCAGAAGUUUAAGUCGUACACCGAUUACGAGGCGGACAAUGAAGAGUCAUGUGAUACCCACGAAUGGACUAGCCUGUCUGACAUGAAAUUGGAUUCCUCUCUCGAUCAGUAUGAGCUACUCAGUUGGGAGCUUCAGCCCGGUGACUGCAUCGUCUUCCACCUCCGUGCCGUCCACAUGGCCCCUGCCAACAACUCUCGCAAGGUCCCUCGUCGUGUCCUUUCCACCCGCUGGGCUGGUGAUGAUGUAACGGGCACGAGACGUCCCUGGAAGACCACAGACGUUUACACCAAAGACCUGGUGCCGGGUGAACCCAUAGCAAGUGAGAAGUAUCCCAUUCUUUGGAGAGCAGAGGCUGGUGUUAGAGGAACGUAAGGGACACAUCAUAAGAUGGCUCUGGACAAUUUAAUGAGGACAUGGUAGAAUGAAGGGGGAUAUGUCAGACAAUAACUUUGAAUUCUUGAUACCAUCUGCCAAGAAACUGUACAACACUGUAAAGCCACUGAAUUUGUGCACCUGAUUGGUAUGGUGACGGACAAUCCUUUUUUUUUUGAUUGGCUGAGAAGCUCUGAUCUAUAUUGCUGUUAGGCCUGGGACAAAAACCAUUUUUUGCCAUUCGAUUGUUUGCCAGGGUGAACAAUCGAAUGGUUCGAACAAUCAAGAUUCUCAGAAAUCACAAGGAAAAUUGACCUAAUAUGGGACUGACAUAGUCAAGUGUCAAAGUUUGGUGAAAAGCCCAUAUUUUGUCAUGAUAGUAAUACACAUUUUGUGUAGUACUACUACCACCAGUACUUACUAAAAUAUAUUUCAAUGCAAUUUGCAUGUAUGUAUAAUUUCAACCUGUACAUGUAUAUAACAUGAUUUCUAUGUUUUAUAUAUCAUAUUGAUGUAAUAUUAACUUUCCAUGCCUAUUCACUAUUUUUACAUUGUGUCAUAAUGAAAAUGAUGAUGUUGAUACACGAGGAAGUAAAUGAACGCUGCCAUAACAUUGAUAAAUUACUAUUUGUCUGUCCCCUAUCUCUUAAUUCACAUUUUGUGUAGUACUACUGCCAGUCCUUUUUCUUACAGAUUCUAAUACAUUCUUAUGCAAAUUUAGUAUGUAUAAAUAUAUCAUUUUAUCUCUUAUGUAUCAUAUUAAUGCAAUAUACCUUAUCAGUUAGAGAGGGAGGGGGGAGAGAUAAUUUUGUAUAUUUUUAUAUGCACCAAGCUUUGAAGAGGUUAAUUCUUAAAAUCUGUAGCUGUUUUAUGCGUUGUUCAGAACUUCAGACUUUCUACAAAAAACCUCAGAAAUAUUCUAGGCAAUGUCUUGUGUAGGUCCAUUGGAUAGGAUUUGACAAAACGAUAUAUAUUUGAUGCACUUGGAUGCAAAAUACUGUGGGAGAAUCAAGUUUUAUUCAAAAUGUGAAUUGGAUUAUAGUAAAACCUGCCGGAUGUUUCAUAAAGCUAUUCAUAAAGUUACAAACGACUUUACACAAGACUGCAACAUGCUCUUAGGUGCUGUGUUAGCUACAAAGGGAUAGAGGCUUAGAGACAUCGUUUCGAUGUGUUAAGCACCAUAUAAAUGCGGAAUAUUAUUAUUAUUAUAUCAUUUUGCACAAGAAAGGGUCAUCAGUCGUGCAUUAAGUCAUUAGUAACUUACAAACAGCAAUAUGAAACACCCACUUGUAUAUAAAGAACACCCAAGAGAGAUAAGGAAGAUGGUUUUAUGAGCAGUUGCUCUUUAUAAACAGGUUCCUGUUCUUUACUUUUCAAAGGAACCAACCUUGUGGACUUGACAGACAGGUGGUCCUUCUGUAAAAGGAGAGGAAAGGUACUUGUCUUGCUACUUGGUAACAUUAAAUCGUGUUAUGAAUGUAUGUAGUUUAGUAAAUUGGUGCGUUCCUAUAAUAUAUUACAAGACUAAAUUGUUUAGAACAUUGCAUUGUGAGUUAAGAGCAUGGCCAGAUUAGGAUAAGUUGCGGUGGUGCUAUAAAAGGCUGCUGGCUCAUAUUGACUUUAAGGUACAUGUACCUUUAAAAACAUAAUGAAGCAAUACCUGUAACUCAAAACAUUGCUGGGCUUUUUAUUUCAUGUCUGAACAGUGCUAAUGCUGGAUUAUAAAGAAAAACCUGUAAAUAAAUAAUAGGCAUUUAUAUAGCGCCAUCUAUCUACAAAUAUUCUAUUCCGAGGCGCACAAGAAUAAAAAGAAUGAGAAAGUUUGGAUGAGUGUCAAAGUGCCAAUAACUAAUACUGUUAGAAAAGAUGAGACUUCAGUUUAGAUUUGAAGGUCUCCAGUGAUGGUAUAAUUCUUUAAUUCAAAUUAUUCCAGAGGUGCUGAGGCAGAGAAAGCUCGCGCACCCUGAAAGACCAUUUGGGGGAGACAAGAAAAGCAGUCUUUAUGAACAGGUGAAAGAUUUCUUUGAUAAGUAUUUUCAAUGAAGAAAAUUAUUCAAGGAAAACAAAAUUUGUGGUGAUUAUAGGCCGCUAUUCCAUGCAGGUGGUUAUUAUAGCAGGUUUUACUAUAGUUUGUAAUAUAAUAUUCAUAUCCUUUUUAAUUGGCUAUGCACUUUCAUGCAGAUUUUAUCGUUUUUUUUACCAUUAACAAUAAUAUAUAUGUAAAUUACUUAAAUAAAGACUCAAAUGAAAUUCAAAAGAUAUCAUUGGUUUUAAUUUAUUUGGGUGGUAACUACUAUGUAUACAACAUAAAACUUGUAUAAAAUGAUCUUCUCUGAAACCUAGAUGUUGUUUCAUGAAGCUUAUCGAAAGAUCGUACAAUGAUGAUAAUUAGAACAAUUAUAAUAAUUAC